GAGGAGGAGGAGGGAAGGGCCUGCGCUUGGCUGCUUGGAGCCCCUGCCGGGCUUGCCUGUGCCCAGCACAGUGUAUGGGGCAGCCAGGUGCUCCCCACACAGCCCACAACCCCAGUGGGGGAAGCAGCGCAGCCGUCCUGGUGACUUGAAGCAAGAGCCGCCCCUCGGCUUCCUCUCCGCUCAGCAAGACCCGCUCGUUCUCCCCAUGCAAGCUGCCUCUCCCCCGGGCACCACGGAGACGAUGGACAAAGGCCCAGAGGGCGCCAUGGUGGCCUGCCCGCUUGUCGCCCCCAGCCCCCGCUUCAUCUGCAUCACGGCCAAGGCUCCCAAGGCCAGCGCCCAGUUUGUGAUCCCAGAGACCAGCACCAUCCUGCAGUUCAAGGAGGAGCUCUCCAAGCACUUCCGCUGCGAGACCCAGCAGCUGGUGCUGGUCUUCUUUGGGAGGAUCUUGAAGGACCAAGACACCCUCCGGCAGUACGGGAUCAGCGACGGGAUGACCGUCCACCUGGUGAUCAGGCCCCAGAAGAGAGACCCGGAUGAGCUGACUCAGCAGCCCUACAGGCCCAGGCGCCCUGCGGCUGCUGCUGCUGACAUGCCAGCAUCCGGUGGCAACCUUGCCUCCCCCACCUUUAGCCCAGGUCUGCUGAAUGUGUGGGGCCCCGCAGAGGUGAGCCCCACGAGCACAGAGUGGCAGCUGGUGCCCACCUCGGAGAUGAUCAUCCAGAAGGUGCGGCAAGUGAUUUUAGCCAACCCCGAGGUCCAGCAGCUGGCCCAGCAGGCGCCUGCCAUCAGCCACAUCCUCAACAACAUGGACAUUAUGAGGGUGAUCCUGGACAAGAUGAGGGAGAUCAUGGACCUGGCGCGGAACCCUGACCUGAUACAGGACCUGAAGAGCCAGGACCAAACCCUGACCAGCCUCCGGAGCAGCAUUCCCGGCGGGGACAACCCGCUACGGCAACUGAACAGUGAGAUCCAGGAGCCCAGCAUGAACCCAGCCCCGGACCUCUUUGUCUCCAACUCUUUCGCCACCUUGGGGCGGAACCCCGGCUCAGAGCAGGCGAGUGGCCAGAGCAGCCCGGGACCCCCCCUGGCCCUCCCCACUCACCUGGGCUCCCUUCCUGUCUCCCACAGCUGCACCAGCCUCUGCCCCAGCAGCAUGUGCAGCGAGGAAGGUGGCCCCUUCCACCCCCUGGCCAGCCCCCUGGGGCACAGCUCGGCCACCGCCCACUUCCUGUCCCCCUCGGAGGAGGAGGAGAGGGCCUUCCGCGUGGGAGGAGGCGCCCAGAGCCCAGAAGCUGCGGAGAUCCCCCAGCUGAUUGUCGACCUGUGCAACGCGUACACCAAGCGCAUGAUGUUCUCCCUCAUGCAGAAUGCCCUGCAGGCCGCCCAGGGGGCCCAGCCGGAGCCGAUGAGCCCGCAGCUCCUCCUGCGCUUCUCCCAGCAGAUGCAGAGCCCCGAGAUGGCGGCUGCCAUGUCCAACCCCAAGGCCAUCCAGGCCUGGGUGCAGAUGGAGCAGGGCCUGCAGACCCUGGCCGCAGAAGCCCCCGUGCUCAUCCCCUGGUUCCUGCUGCGCCUGCGAGGGCUGGGCUACUCUGCCGCAGGGAGCCCCGCCAGGCUCGGGGAUCCCUCCUGCCUGGAAUCCGCCGUGGCCGAAUAGGGGGCCAGCUGCCCCCGUCGCCUCCCCUGCGUGGGCUGCAGGUUGCCGCCAGGAGGAGCCUGCAGCAGUCCCCGUCCUGCCACCGGAAGGAGUGGCCCGUGGGGCGGCGUGGCUGGCGUGACAGGAGGCAGGAGCCGCGAUGGGCCGGAAGCCAGAGGCGUCCCAGCUGGAGGGGGGGGUGGCGGCCGCUCGGUGUGAUAAAGAGAAGCCAGCAGUG